GCAUCCACCACUUCAGAUCGAAAGUGAAAACAUAGUAUUUCACAAGGCUGAGUUCUUUUGGUGUUACCACACACGUCUGCAAUACCUAGUGCUGUUGACGAAAGCAAGCAUGGCCGCAUACCAAAAGCAGGAACCAGAAAACCCCGAGUCGGCCUUGGCAGACGCUCACCAGCGGGUGGAAAGGAUUGGGGAGGAUCUUGAAGUUAUUACCUUGCAUAGCACUAAAAGAGCUAUCAAAUCCCGCCAUGCGCAGAUGCUUGUUAUAGGUGGCACCAUAGGUACCGGCCUCUUUGUCGGGACAGGGCAGGCACUGGCGAUUGCAGGCCCAGCCUUUCUCUUCUCCGCGUACGUGGUGAUAUGUUUCCUCGUCUUCGGCAUCGUCACCGCCAUUGUCGAGGUCGGCGCCUAUCUGCCCGUAACAGGCAUGUCCGUGGCGUACUACGGGAACCGGAUCGUUUCGCCUAGUCUCGGGUUCGCCUUGGGCUGGCUGUACUGGUAUACCUGGGGCAUAAGCGUCGCCUACGAGAUCACAGCCGCCGCGGUCGUGAUCGGCUACUGGCCAACCACGGUACCAGUCGCCGUAUGGAUCACGGUCAUGCUGGUAGUCAUUAUUGCACUUAACUUCUUUCCGGUGGGAAUCUAUGCCGAGGUCGAGUUCUGGUGCGCGUCGAUCAAAGUUUUCACCAUCAUCGGGCUGUUGAUUUUGUCCGUAGUCCUGUUCUUUGGCGGCGGACCAAAUCAUACGCGUUUAGGCUUUUGGUACUGGCAGGACCCCGGGGCGACCAAUGAGUAUCUCGUAGGAGGCGCUGGCGGCCGGUUCUGUGCCUUUCUGUACACCCUCAUUUACUCGUGCUUCAGCUUCAACUUCAGUCCCGAGUUGAUCAUCAUCACGGCGGGUGAGAUGAAGUCGCCCCGCAAGAACCUUCCAAAGGCCGCGCUGCACUUCAUCUGGCGCUUGAUCAUGUUUUACGCCCUCGGUGCGUUUGCUAUCGGUGUCAUAUGUCGAAGCGACGAGCCGGCGUUAACCAACGGUGGAAAAGGGGCUGCCGCAUCUCCGUGGGUCAUCGCUAUCAAGAAUGCCGGAAUCCAUGCAUUAGAUAGUAUCAUCAAUGCUGUGAUUGUAACUUCGGCUUGGUCAAGCGGAAAUUCGGUAUUGUACAUGUCCAGCCGCUCCUUGUAUUCGCUUGCCAUAGUUGGGAAUGCGCCCAAAAUAUUCGGUUAUUGCAACAAGCACGGGGUACCAGUUUAUGCCGUCGUUGCAUCUAGCUUGUUAUCUUUGCUGGCAUACUUAAAUGUUGGCAUUGUCAGUGGCAUCGUAUUCAAUUGGUUUGUAAGUAUCAUCAACACCGCAGCCUUUAUAAGUUGGGUUUGCUGCUGUGUCAUUUACUUUCGCUUCAAGAAGGCGUGCGCAGCACAGGGCAUUUCGGAUUCCGAUUUGCCUUAUUCAAGCGUCUUACAGCCAUGGGCAGCAUGGGUUGCUGUCGUGGCAUUCGGUAUUUUUGGGCUGCUAAACGGAUUCUCAGUAUUCUUUCCAAAUCGAUUCAACGCCUCAGACUUUCUCACAGCGUAUAUCGGAAUUAUAGUGUUCUUAUUGAUAUACUUCGGCCACAGGAUCUCGGUCAAUAGAAAAGACCCAUGGAUUAGAACACCCGACUCAGUUGAUCUAAAGACAGGGUUGGCGGAUAUACUAACCAAAGAGGAAUCCGAUGCCGCCAUUGAAGAGUUGGAUCCCCCUGCCAAGCGUGAUAGAAGUCGGUGGUUAAGGAGGAUUUGCACAUUGUGGGGAUGGGACUAAAAUGGCAUUUGCCUAUUCAAAAACAGUAUAGACUUCCGUAGCCAUGAACUUACACCGAAGGCCGAAGCCGAAGCCGAAGCUGGACGCUUAUAAGAACC